ACGAUAAGACAACGCCUUUCAAUUUGUGUUUCAGCACAAUCCCCUCAUUUCUCUCUCUUCCUCCUCGUUUCUCCCCCCUUCUCCAUCAAUGGCGGCGUCUUCUUCCUCCCUCUUCAACCCUGCAACUUCCUCUCUCUUCCAAAACCCUAAUUCCAAACUCACCCACCACCAUCUUCCUCUUCGCCACCAACCCAAAACCACCCCCAUUUUCACCCUCCCACCAAUCACCGCCACCUCCUCUUCCUCCUCCUCCACCUCCACCCACCGCGCCGCUCACGAAAACAUCCGCGAAGAAGCACGCCGCUAUGCCAAAUCCCACAAUUUCUCCGCCAAAUACGUCCCCUUCAACGCGCCACCUGACUCCACCGAGUCCUACUCCCUCGAUGAGAUCGUUUACCGCUCUCGCUCCGGCGGCUUAUUGGACGUUCAACAUGAUAUGGAAGCUCUGAAGCAAUUUGAUGGACAUUACUGGAAAUCCCUCUUCGAUUCUCGUGUUGGGAAGACCAAUUGGCCUUAUGGGUCUGGUGUUUGGUCGAAGAAAGAAUGGGUUCUUCCUGAGAUUGAUGGUGACGACAUCGUUUCGGCUUUCGAAGGUAACUCUAAUCUGUUUUGGGCUGAAAGGUUUGGAAAACAGUUUCUGGGUAUGUCUGAUUUGUGGGUUAAACAUUGUGGGAUUAGUCAUACUGGUAGUUUUAAGGAUUUGGGUAUGACUGUUUUGGUUAGUCAGGUUAAUAGAUUGAGGAAGAUGAAGCGCCCUGUUGUCGGUGUUGGGUGCGCUUCAACUGGUGAUACUUCUGCUGCUUUGUCUGCUUAUUGUGCUUCUGCUGGGAUUCCUUCUAUUGUGUUUUUGCCUGCUGAUAAGAUCUCUAUGGCUCAGUUGGUUCAGCCCAUUGCUAAUGGGGCUUUUGUGUUGAGUAUAGAUACCGAUUUCGAUGGUUGUAUGCAGUUGAUUAGGGAAGUAACUGCGGAAUUGCCGAUUUAUUUGGCUAAUUCUUUGAAUAGUUUGAGGCUUGAGGGGCAGAAGACUGCUGCAAUUGAGAUUUUGCAGCAGUUUGAUUGGGAGGUGCCGGAUUGGAUUAUUGUUCCUGGUGGGAAUUUGGGUAAUAUAUAUGCCUUUUAUAAGGGUUUUAAAAUGUGCCAUGAAUUGGGGCUUGUUGAUAAGAUGCCGAGGUUAGUGUGUGCUCAAGCGGCUAAUGCUAAUCCGUUGUACGUGCAUUACAAGUCCGGGUGGAAGGAUUUUCAGCCUGUGAAAGCAAAUACUACAUUUGCUUCAGCCAUUCAGAUUGGUGAUCCUGUAUCUAUUGACAGGGCUGUUUUCGCCUUGCAAAAUUGUAAUGGUAUUGUUGAGGAGGCCACCGAGGAAGAACUAAUGGAUGCCAUGGCUCAAGCUGAUUCCACCGGGAUGUUUAUCUGCCCGCAUACUGGUGUUGCAUUGACUGCAUUGAUAAAGUUGAGGAAUAGUGGUGUCAUAGGACCAAAUGAUAGGACGGUUGUUGUCAGCACUGCUCAUGGGCUGAAAUUUACACAGUCCAAGGUUGAUUAUCAUUCAAAGAAUAUCCCUGAUAUGUCUUGCAGGUUUGCCAAUCCACCCGUGCAAGUGAAAGCAGAUUUUGGGGCAGUAAUGGAUGUUCUUAAAGGAUAUUUGAAUAAGACCCCAAAAGUUUAGCUGCAGGUCAGUAAAACAGCGAUGAAGUGAAACGUUGCUGUGGAUAUGGCAGUGAUGAUUAAGCAGAUUUGCGGAGAGAUUUGCUGUCGACAUUGUGGACCUUUGGUCUGUAAUUUUGUUGCAGAAUUUGUGCUGAGAAAUGGAAUACCUAGCCCUUAAAAGACGGUUAGAGAAGCUCCAAUUUGGUGCUUCUGUCCUAGAAUCUAUUUUUGGAAUCUUUGUAAACUAUUUUUGUAUUUCUAGAGAAACCCCUGUUUAGCUUAAGAUGUGUUUCUCAAGCUGAGAAUUACAUCCAAAAGUUUGGCUAAACAGCUCGCUCCUAAAUUAUAAUUGAAUGGUUUUACUUUUGCUGAACUACAAAUUUUGUCUGCUGCAAAUAACAGUUGCUUUGUAGUUUGUACUAUAUAACACCUAAGAUGCUACUCAUUUGUCUUUGUAGUUGUGUUUUAGUAUGGUACUACUGAUUCUACUUUUCACAAUAAUCAAUGAAGCUGUUUAUAAAGCGGUUGUAA